AUGCUAUUGUGGCACGGCUCACGAACAAGCAAUUUCUACAAUAUUCUUUCCCAAGGGCUUCGCAUAGCUCCACCAGAAGUCCCUUCACAGGUAGCUUUGGGAGAGCCGCAGAUUCUUCGAGACGCAAAUUAUUCAGCAGAUAAACUGGAACAGGGAAAGAACAGCACUUUGGGAUUAGGAAAGUUCAGGCCUAGCGAAGGCAACUUUAUGACAAUGUAA